AUGGUAACAUCAAAUACUGGAGGGUUACUUUCUACUACCACUGACCCUUCUACAAUCACAACAAGUAAAGAUGAUCGUGUUUGGUCUGAAUUUAAAGAAGGCAUGUGUGAACUGUUGAACAGUGAACGUUGCCUGGUCGUGGCGGCCGCCUCUCCGGAUGAGGUCGUCUCUGUUUGCCGCUGUGUUGAUGAUGUGUGCGAAAAAUUUCAUAAUCAUCAUAAUAAUCAUAAUAAUAAUAAUCAUAAUAAUAAUAAUAAUAAUAAUAAUAAUAAUAAUAAUAAUAAUGGAGAUGAUCAUAGUCAUAGUGAAGAAGAAAAGAGUGUAGAACUACUAGCUCUACGAAAUGCCCCAAGAGUAACGUUCACCACAGAAGAGAAUAUAUCCAAAUUGGAGAAAUGUACCGCCGUCUAUGGCCGUGUGCCGGCGUUUAUCGUGAUGGAGAUGGAACACGAUCGCUUCUUUGUGCUAGACCUCCCAGACAAGAAUAAUAAUAAUAAUAAUAAUAAUAAUAAUAAUAAUAAAUCCACUAUGGCAGAAGAGAUGGAGCGAUUCCUGCGGGGCGUGGUGAAGGGCACUAUUCCAAAGGCCCUGCAGGGGGAUCCGCCGCCGCCGAAUGAUCAAUUCGAGCCAACGCACGGCAUCACGUUAACGAAUGGACUCUGCGCCGUCACCAGCACAAUAGCGCGACUGAAGCGCGAGCGGCCCGGCGGGGCGUUGUGUGUUUUCUGGAGUGAGCGCUGCCGCAUGUGUGCGACUGUUAUUAAGAUGGUGGAUUCUCUUGUGGAGAUGAUUUGGAAGGCCGCGGCUGCUCGCCACGGUGUGGAGAAGCCAUUCAAUUUCUUUAUUUGCAAUAUUGACAGCAAUGAUCUGCCGGAGUAUGAUUGGCCAACACCCCACAACGCACAGGUGGUGCCCGCAACAGUGGCGUACAAUAAAGAAGGCAAACGAGUGAUGUUUAAAGAGAAACGAACAGCCCCGUUAUUGGCGGCAUUUAUAUGUGAAGAGUGUUUACCAAAAGAUCUCGUCGAUGUGAAGGCGAUAUCAUCUGAAGUAAUCGCAGCGGCAGGGAAAUUAUAUGAAGAAAUAUCGUUGGAGUGUACGGGCAUCACUGCGGCAUCUCUUCCCACUCGCACUGUAAACACAGCGAAGGCCGAUGAUGAUAAUAAUAAUAAUAAUAAUAAUAAUAAUAAUAAUAAUAAUAAUAAUAAUAAUAAUAAGAACGAGGCACACAACUCCUUACAUCUUUCAGAGGAGAACAAUAUGCGUAAACGACCACGUUCCGAUACUGUAGUAGAGAGCAAUGAGUGA